AUGUCACAACCACCAGCACAGACUACAACAACUACAUCAACAGCUGCCACCACUACAAACAUCCAACAUAAUCAACUUAUAUUGGAGAAGAGUGCAAAUGCAACUGGUCUACAGGUUGAUCUUCAUCCUUUGGUGAUCAUCAAUAUCUCUGAUCAUCACACUCGUGCCAAGGUCGAGUGUCACAACCCAGAGAAUGUGCCACAGGUCAUCGGUGUAUUGCUCGGUCUUCAAAACGGUAGAAUCAUAGAGAUAUGUAACUCCUUCGAGUUGGUGCUCACGCCCAACAAGCAACUAGACCUCGAGUAUCUCAGGAAGAAGUCUGAUCAAUUCAAGAAGGUGUUCCCAACUUAUGAGCUGUUGGGAUGGUACUCGACUGGCUCAACCGUGCGCCAUGAGGAUAUGGCCAUUCACAAGUUGGUGAUGGAGUUGAAUGAGUCGCCAAUCUUCUUGAUGCUGGACACAUCGUCUGAGCAACAGAACUCAAAGGAUUUGCCAAUCAAGAUCUUUGAGUCUGAGGUGCACAUUGUCAACGAACAGCCUGCCACGCUCUUUGUCAAGACCACCUACAAGAUUCAAACUGGAGAGGCUGAGAGAAUCGGUGUCAAUCACAUUGCCAAGGUCACUCCAUCAGGUUCCGAAGGUUCAUCUCUUACUACUCAUCUGUUCACUACUCAUAACGCCAUCUCAAUGAUGAACAUUCGUGUCAAGCUACUGCGCAAGUACCUCCAGGGUGUCAAGGAAAAGUCUAUCCCAUACGAUCAUGGCAUCAUGAGACAGAUUGCCAGUCUGUGCAACACUCUUCCAGCGAUCAACAGUCAAGAGUUUGAGACAUCCUUCUUACAAGAGUACAAUGAUGUAUUGCUUGUAACAUAUUUGAGUGGAAUUACCAAGAGCUCAUCGAUUUUGAACGACUCUAUCGAUAAAUAUCUCUUGUCACAUGAGAAGCAAUCAAAGAGGAAGUUUAUCUUCUAG